GUAACAUUAAAAACUUAAACAAUUAAAUAUGCAAAUAUUAAGUUUAUCAAAACUUAUUCUGUUACUCUUGACUCUGGAACAAGUCUGUAGUAUUACACAUGAAAAAUUAUUUAGCGCUGAUGGGAAAAAAUUUUAUUACAUAGAAAAUGAAUACAAGUAUGAUUGGUUUGAAUCUUUAACCAAAUGUGCACGAAUGAAUAUGACUCUUUUGACAAUUGAUUCUAAAACCAAAUCCGAGGAAAUCAAUCAAGUUGUAAAGAAGGCUUUUGGCAAAAAUAUUAUUCUCUGGGUUGGUGGCUAUGCUGUGGGCUCAAAUCGUCAGUUUCGAUGGGUAUCCACUGGCGAAGAAUUUACUUAUACCUAUUGGCAUGGUGGAAAUCCAGAUUUCUAUAACAGUGAGGAAUAUUGUAUGCAAAUUGGUUGGUCUGCCACAAUGGCAUGGAACGAUAAUAAAUGUACGAAAAAAUUUGGUUUUGUUUGUGAGUUUAAACCACAAGAAUGUUCGGACAAUGUGAAUGAUAAGAACAGUAAAUAUCAAAAUAUUAUAAUAAAUUAUUUGCAAAACAAGUAAGUGUUAGUUGUUGUUUAA